UUCACUUCCUUUAAAUAACUCAUUACUCAUCACUGUUAACUAAUUACUCCCUUCUUUAUUUCAUUCUCUAAAUUUUAUUCACUUCUUUAACUCAUCUUAUGCUUAAAAAAUCUCGAUUACGUUUCAUCACUUGCUGCUGAUGAUAUUGGCAGGAAUAACAUUUACGUUUCACUUUAUUUCUCUUUCUUUUACCUGAAACUUUAUAGUGCAUCACGAUUUUCUUGUUUCAACCUUUUGCCUUGAAUUAUUUAUAUCAUCACGGGAAGAAGGUCAAAGUUUGAUCUGUUUCAAGUUUGGAGCAAUCGGUUUUCUAAUUUUGAAGCCACUUGAGUUGGGUAUGUGAUGGCUACUUCAGGAAUCUCGUCUUCCGGGUGGCGUAAGUUCUCCCCAAGUGUUGCCACGUCGUUGGCAUCGGCUUUUCUCGAAUGGUUGCUGAUCUUUUUCCUGUUUAUUGAUGCUGGUUUUUCUUAUGUUAUAACAAAGUUUGCUGGUUACUGCAAAUUGCAAAUACCUUGCCUGUUCUGCUCGAGGCUUGAUCAUGUGUUAGGCGAGGAGAAAAGAGGAUAUUAUUGGGACUUGAUCUGUAGUAAUCAUAAGAUGGAGAUUUCUUCUUUAGUCCUUUGCCGGGCACAUGAUAAGCUUGUAAAUGUUCAAGGAAUGUGUGAAAGUUGCCUCUUCUCUUUUGCUACCAUCAAUAGAUCCAAUGCUGAAACUUACCGGUUAUUGGUGGGUAAAGUGGGGGAGGGAUCUGAGUCCAGAUUUGAUCAGGACCCGUUACUGGGUGAAAACGAGAUUGCAAAAUGUUGUUCUUGUUGUAAUGAGCAAUGGGUUUUAAAAGGUUACGAUCAAAGGUUGGCAUUUACCAAGUCAAUUGGGUCUGGUGCUGCUGAUUUUGAUACAUCAAAUGUUGCUGGAAACAAUUUUCAUAGGAAAAGAAGAGCAAAACCAUUUGCAUCAACCAGAGCUGCACGCCUUAGAAAUAAACAGGUGGAUCCUUUGUCUCAUGUAGGUUACACUGAGCUAAAGGUUACUUCUGAUACUGAGUCUGAAGCAGAAGUUUCCUUAUCUGAUGAUGAUGGUACAAGCAUACCAGUUCGGGGAACAGAUGACACCAAGGAAGAUAUAGAAGUUCCAUGUGAACAUGUGGAGCCCUGCAUCCUUGAUUUAAAUGAGAAUUUGGUUUCAGAGAAGCUCAGGACUUCAGCUUCUGGACUUCAGCUGUUGUUAUCAGAGUCAGGAAUGCAAUUAGAAAAUACAGAGAUUCACGGUACUAAUUCUACAGCAGCACCAUUGGAAAGUAGGAAUGGUUUGGCCGAACUUGAUUCUCAGCAGCAGGUUGAGAGAAAUGUUGUUUGUCCUUCCCCAAGUGAGCCUAUUUCCUUUAAUGAAGUCCCUGCAUUAUCAAAUAAAAUAGGAGUUCCUGCUCAAGUAUCAAAGGAAAACUAUAAUCUGACAACUGAUGAAGUGGGGAUAAAAUCUAAGCAAAGAAUGACCACGGACUCUGUUGAAAUAAUUGAGUCAGUUGAUAAGCCGACAACAUCUGAAGCAGGUUUAGAAUCAAACCCCUUUUCUAGUGAUAUUGGUCAGCAAAAUCCGAAUUUGCUAGAUCUUGGUGAUGCCUAUAAGCUAGCUGUCAGUAACAGAGGAAGACAGAUGUCUGGCAUGCUUGUAGAACAUUGGCUUGGAAAAGAUUGUACAAAAAUUAGUGAAGAUUUGAAGAUAUUGCUGUCACAAUUUUCAGUUACUAGAGGGACUGAUCUGUCUGUUAACGAUAUCAGUCCUAGAUUGUCUAUAAACAGUGAUGAAGUGAAGACUUCUGAUGUUUCUAACUCUGCUGGAAUGCAGAUACUUCAAAAAAUGAUUUCACUUGAGCGAAAUGAAUCUGGUUUGUCUCUGGAUGGAAGCAUUGUCAGUGAAAUUGAAGGUGAAAGCGCAGUUGACAGGCUAAAAAGACAAGUUGAUCAUGACAGGAAACUUAUGAAUGCUUUGUAUAAAGAGCUGGAGGAAGAAAGAAAUGCUUCUGCAGUUGCUGCAAAUCACGCAUUAGCCAUGAUCACAAGGCUGCAGGAAGAAAAGGCAGCAUUACAUAUGGAAGCCUUGCAGUACUUAAGAAUGAUGGAUGAGGAGUCAGAGUAUGAAUCAGAAGCUUUGCAAAAAGCUAAUGACCUUCUUGUUGAGAAGGAGAAAGAGAUAGAAGAGUUGGAAGCUAAGCUUGAGUUUUACAGGAUGAAAUUCCCUGAUGAAUCAGAGCUCGAAAACUUAGUGGAGACAAACUCUGAAAUGAAGGUGAAAGAUAUUGGAUUGGAUCAUUACAUUGAAAAGGAUGAAAGUAUCACUGGAAAGUCAGUUACUGAAAAUACUAAUAUAUCUGACAAAGCUAAAGUUAUACCCAUGUCUUUGGAAAAACAGAAUGUUCAAUCUCUAAAAGAUUCACCAUUGGAGUUUCAAGAUGAAAGGUUAUAUAUUUCCCAACGUUUGAAGAAGUUGGAGAAGCAAGUUUACUUUUUCCUGAAUGUUAAUCAAUGUCAAGACAAUUGGCUAAAUUCUGAAAAUGAUGAAAAAGAAUCCCCAGAAAACUGUGAGAAGUUGGAUAAUAAUAUUAUAGUGCAAGAAUCUGUUUCUUCAAUUGAAUUAAAUUCAGAUGCCACUGGUGAUGAUUCCUCAUCCAAGGAACCUACAGUUUACGAGAAAAAUGGUGAACAUGGGUACAAUGGACAUAACUCCCCUGUGCUGUGGGGAAAUAUUGAUUUAUCUUCUACUGGAAGUUUGGUUUUGGAUUUUAUUGGAAGGCUGCAAGUUCUUGAGGCAGACUUGAGUUUCCUUAAGCACAGUGUCAACCUAUCAAGCAAUGGAGAAGGACUUAAAUUAUUGCAGGAAAUAGCUGAUCACCUGCAACAAUUACGCCAGAUUGGGAUAAGAGAAUUAGAUCAACCUGUUGCUUGAGGCUGUAUAUAAGAUUCCUACACUAAUGAUAUGUGACCAAGAGGAAGUUACAUUGUACACAAGUGAACCAGGUUACGAAGGCUGGUUGCAACUGUACAGUAACAUAGCUUGCUUUCAUCCAGGAUAUAAGAAACUAGGAUUUCAAAUAAUAUUGACUUUUUUCCUUUUUUGCUUUCUCCCCCUGCCUUUUUAUUCAGGGUUUCAUUGAACGUUUUUCUGCAUUGAGUUGACAAGGUUUUCGUCUGCCCAUUCAUAUUGUUUUUUUUACAAUAAAAUUUUCCUUUUGCCGUUUUUUACAUUGUAAAUGAGUGACUGCAUCUUUAAUUGGUGUCGUCUUCUUGUAUCGGAUUGAGUAGUUUGGAUUUUGGAAACAGAGUGAAUUAACAUAUGUGAAUUUUAUAUAUGGCCGCUAUUUGCUCCAGUGUUUGUAUAAA